UUUCUUUUUGUAAAUGUCGUAAAUUGUAAUUUUGCGAUGUCUGAAUAUCUAAAUGUUUUGAUUUACGAUAUGAUUUGGUAUAAGAGAGUUUAAAUUAUAAUUAUCCUUCCUGUCAAUAAAUUUGUAUUAAUCAAAAUGAGUGACUCUGCCAUCCAAACCUUGGAGUCAGCGGCACAAAUAUUGAUGGCACCACCAAACCUGGUGUCACCAGAACAACGCCAUCAAGCAGAAAGUGUCUUUUUAGAAUUUCGCACAACAAAAAAUCCUUAUCAACUGUGCCGCGAGAUUCUCGAGAAGUCAUCAUCGGAAUAUGUGCUCUUUGAAGCUGCUGGUCUGAUAAAAGCAGGCCUGAUAAGGGAAUGGAGUUUAUUAUCUAAAGAGGAUACUUCAUCAAUAAGAGAGUAUUUAUUAAAUUAUUUACUGCGAAAAGAAAAUCCUGCAUUUGUGAAAGAGAGAUUACUACAGACUAUAGCCAUAAUCAUCAAAAGAGGUAGUGUUGAUGAUGGAGGUAGAGAAAGGAAAGCUUUAUUGGCUGAAUUAGAGAAAAUAAUUGUAAGCCCACCUAUUAGUCAACAGAGGCUAGCAUGUUCCUUGAUAUUGGCUAUAAUGCAAGAAUUUGCAAUCACAGUUAAAACGGCAGAUGUUGGGUUAAUAUGGGAAGUGCAUUUCCGUUUGAAGAAAUCAUUUGAAACAUUGAAUUUGAAGCGUAUAUUUCGCUUCACGAUUGGAGUAUUGGAACAAAUCAUACGCUCAGGUCAUCCACCUGAAGGUGACCAAGCAAUGCUAACCAAGCAAUUGAUUACUAUCAUAGAAACUAUACUAUGCUGGAGUCAUGUAUCACCUUUACUGUCAAAACGAUUGAUUGGUGCAUUUGAAGCUAUCUACGAAAGCGAGACAGCACCUGCAUUGAGGUUAAGUAUGAACUGGCGGGACACUAUAAUGAAACCAGAAUUGAUUGCAUUGUUCUUUGAGCUACAUAUAUAUGUUCGCUCAAAUCCUGACCUAGCUAAUCCUUCACUGACUUGUUUAGUGCAAUUGGCGAGCUUAAGUGGCGUAGUAGUGUCGGCCAGUAAUUUAAAACAGCAGUACCUGGAGCAUUACGUGAACAAUUUUCUCCGAAUGUUAUCAUUCAUUCAGCCGAAUCACAGGGAAAUGCUCGGUAUAUCAGAGAUAUAUCGCAGAUUGAUACAGUUUUUUACACCUACCUUGAUAGCUGGGACGCCUCCUGAUUUUCUUCAGUACUUGACAACUUAUACAUGCCAUUGUAUAAGAGGUUCAAUAAUAGAAGAAGGAUUGAAUGAAGACACAGUAUUAAGAGAAGCAUUGAACAAAUUCUUGCACACUUGGAGUUCUUUGGUGCAUGAUGUUGAUGGAUACACAACUGAAACAUUACAAAAUCCAUGCAUAGAAGUGUUCAACACAUAUCUCCAAUGCAGAUUAGCUCCUCCCGAUGGUACCAGGGGACUUGAAGCUAAGGAUGGCUGUGAUGAAGAUGUAAAGGAUGAUAUAGAAGAAGAUGAUAGACAGUUACAUAAUGAAGUGUUAAUGACAAUAGGUGCGAUGGCUCGUAAGGCACCUGCACAUUGCUGUCAUUUACUCUUCACUUUAUUGCAAGAUAGAAGCAAAAGGUUGGAAAGUCAACUGCAAUUAAUGCAUACUGGCAAGGUACUGGUUUCUGGAGCAAAUCAAUUGUCGAUGCUGUUUGAAGAUUUGCAUUGGAUUUUAAUGAUAAUUGGACAUUUCCUAUCGACUGAUGGAUCUGGUGAGGCGCGCACGGAGGCGAAUGUGCCAUUGGAGCUGAUGAGGUACAGCAUCAGGGAGAAUGCCAACGUGGAUGCUUCACUGCGAUACUUGGUAGGCGAGACCACCGCGCAUGAGAACAUCGACCCCAUUAUCAAAUUAAUUGGUUUAAUCAUACGUAUAAAUGAAUGGGAGUGCGCGGCGCUGGAAGCCGGCUUCGGCGGCGUCCUGAGUCCGGAACUUUCCGCGACCGUUUCUUGGCUGCUCAAAGUGUGGGCCAAUUCAUACUUAAUGCUGGACCCCGCCGACUACACUGAAAUGUCGUCAGUGAUAGAGUGCGCGUUCCGACACGAGAGCGAGUGCGCGUCGUGGGCGGUGCGGCGGCUGGCGGGGCGCGCGCGCGUCGUGCUGCGCCACCUGGCCGCGCAGCCCGCCGCCGCGCGCCACGCCGUGCAGCUGCUGGCGCACCUCGCGUAUGCCUACCCCAAUCGUAAUCAGCUAGCGAACUGCGAGGAGUUCGUAGCGUUGGUGGCGUGGGAAGUGUCCGGGAACAAUCUGCCGGGCUCUCUCAGGAAAGAACUGCAUAAGGUGUUUGCCCGACUUGCAUCAUAUACUGAAGGCGCGGGCCGCAGCUGCCUGGUGGCGAGCACGGCGGCGCUGCAGCAGCGGCUGGAGGCGCUGCUGGGCGCGGAGCAGGACACGGAGCCGCUGCGCGCCGCGCUCGCUGACACCCUCGACUGCUACUGCGGCAUCGCGGAGGGCAUGCUGGAGAUGUCGAGCAUGGACGAGCAGGUGCGCAUGGUGCUGAGCGCGCUGGAGAAGGUGCCGGGCGUGGUGUUCAAGUACCACAACUACGCGGCCGUGGUGCUGCCGGCGCUCAACCUGCUCGCCAAGUCCGCCAAGCACGCCAUGCACUGCCAAAACCAGGACACCGUUAAUAAAUUCGUCGAUAUAUGUCACACGACCUUCGAAGUUUACGCUCGAUGGAACUCUGGCAAGAUUUCGAGCAUACCUCAAGAUGUAGAAGAGGAAGCUUACGAUGACAUCAUAGCGCUGAUGCAGCUAGUGCGGUGGCUGUCGUGUGGUGCGGGAGGCGCGGGGGGUGGCGGGUGCGCGCGCGGCCUGCGCCUGCUGCUGCCGCUGGUGACGCCGGCGCUGCUGGCGCUGCCCACCCUCGCGCACUCCGCCUUCCGACUGCUCAGAGACCUGGAGCAGGCUGAUGAGUUAACAAAUCUACCGAUACAAGAUUUCAACAUGGUGAUCGCUGCUCUGCGCAUCGGUCUGACCGCAGUCUCCAGCGACGUGUCCACACUCUGCUGCGAGACUAUAGUCGGUCUGUCCAACAGGGCGCAGACUAUGGGCGAGGACAACAGAUAUUCAGUCGCAUUAUUAAGCUUGGCUCAAUUAUUACUAAUGUUAAUAUUAAAAAUGGAAAUACCACCAGAUUCUAUUCCGGCGGCCGGUGCUGCGAUUUACUCUUUAACGUGUGUAAGACCGUCUCUUCUAGAAGGUUUAGCAAGACAAGUGAUAGACGCGUUUGCAGCUAACGAUCCAACUAAUGUACCGAGAUUGGAAGAUGCCUUCAGGUUGCUAACUAAUGGAGUUCUCUUUGACGGUUAUAGACCACACAAGAUAAGAUUCCAGGAUAAUUUCGAUAAGUUCCUGUCGAGUGUGCAUGGAUUCCUCAUCGUCAAGUAAGUUGCUAUGAGUAGAAAUCGAUAUACCCAAGUAUAAUCGAUGUUAACAUCGAUAAAUGUUUGACAUGACCUUGUACGAUGUGACCUUUGACUCUUCAAAGUCACUUCUAUAUGUCGUACAAAUAUUUAAAAUAUUAUGCCGUUUUCAAAUGAUUCAGGCUUUGACAAUUAUGUAGAAAAAAAAAUUCUUUAACCACAAAUAUGUGGCUUGCUAUUGCAAAUUUUAUGAAUAUAAUUGAUCGAGUAAAAUUGAUAGUUAAAUAUGAGAAUGGGGAUUUUUUUAAGGGAAUUUAAAAUCCCUCCUUUGGGCUGUGUGACGUUCCAUUGAUGGAGAAUUAAAAAAUAAGCUUUUUGUAGUUUUCUUGAAUAGAUUCUCAAUUUUGAUACUGUUUUGGCCUAAAUAGACGCCUUAAGGCGAAUCUCUAAAUCAACGAUAUCUCAUUUUUAAUUCGAUAAACAAAAAUAUCAAUUUUAUGU